UAAGAACAAGCGUAUUUCCAAGGGGAAGAAGGGAGGCAAGAAAAAGGCCCAGGAUCCCUUCGCGAAGAAGGACUGGUACUCCGUGAAGGCGCCCUCCAUGUUCGCCACCAGGAACGUCGGCCAGACCCUGGUUACCCGCACGCAGGGUACCAAGAUUGCGUCCGACGGGCUGAAGGGGCGCGUGUUCGAGGUGUCCCUGGCGGACCUGCAGGUGGACGACGAGCAGUCGUUCCGCAAGAUGCGCCUCCGCGCCGAGGACGUGCAGGGCCGCAACGUUCUCACCAACUUCUGGGGCAUGGACCUGACGACUGACAAGCUGCGGUCGCUGGUGCGCAAGUGGCAGACGCUGAUCGAGUGCCACGUGGACGUGAAGACCACCGACAACUACACGCUCCGCCUGUUCGCCAUCGCGUUCACGAAGCGCCGCCAGAACCAGAUCAAGAAGACCAGCUACGCGCAGAGCAGCCAAAUCCGACAGAUUCGGAGGAAGAUGCGCGAGAUCAUCGUGAAGGAGGCGUCGUCGUGCGACCUCAAGGAGCUGGUGGCGAAGUUGAUCCCCGAGAGCAUCGGCAAGGAGAUCGAAAAGGCGUGCUUCGGCAUCUACCCCCUCCAGAACACGCUCAUCCGCAAGGUCAAAAUCCUCAAGGCGCCCAAGUUCGACCUCGGCAAGCUCAUGGAGGUGCAUGGCGAUUACAGCGGGGAGGAGACGGGCACCAAGUUGGAGCGGCCAGCAGAGGAGAGUGAGGCGCCCGCUGCUGAGGGCAUGGAGGCUGAGGCCACUGCAUCAAGCCGGAUCGUCCUUUUUCCCAUGUCUCGUUGUCCCCCAUCGCUCUCUCUACUCGGUUCUCCCCUCCUUCCCCUUCGCCCUCCUGUCACUCCUGCCCCUCCUCUCCUGUCUCCUCUCCCUCCUCUCUCUCCUCUCCCUCCUCUCUCUCCUCUCCAUGCUGUCUUCACACCCUCUCCAUCUAUGGCACCGGGUGCUGAUUGUAGUAUGCCUUACGAUGAGCUGGACAGAUGCAGGGAAGGAUGGUGGUGA